UUUGUAACAUUUGGUCCCUGCGCACUGACACCCCGGAGGGGAGCUGGGGGAAGCAGCAGGAGCUGGGUGCCGGCACUGAGACGCAGGGAGACGCGGCACAGCGAGGCUGAUGGUCCCCACUGCUGCUCCAGCCAGCUGCCUGCUGUGACCCUGGGGAGCUGGUGAUGGAGGGGUUCGGGGGAGCCCCCAGGUUCCUGGCCUAUCCACGCGCCUUCACGGUCCAAAGCGGCACCGAUGCGGUCCUGAGCUGCCAGAUCAUGGGUGAUCCCCAGCCGAGCAUCCUCUGGGAAAAGGACAAGAAUGCCAUCGAGCCCUCGGGCCGUUUCCACAUGGAGUCCAAAGGGGACCUGUACAGCCUGCUGGUGUCCUGUGCCACCCCCAAGGACAGUGGACUCUACGUCUGCAGGGCCAAGAAUAGCGUUGGCGAGACUUACGCUGCCACCAUGCUCAGGGUGGAGCCAGCGGAGCGGCGAGGGGAGGAGGGAUGCUCAGGCAGCGUCGCGCCUGCCUUCCUCAUUGCCCCCUCGUCCCUGCGGGUGUGCCGGGGGGAGGACGUGAUGUUCACCUGCAGGGUGUCUGGGCAGCCCUGCCCUGUGCUGGAGUGGGAGAAGGACGGGCACAAGCUCUCCGAACUCUUUGAGAGCAGCCACUUUGCAGUGGGGCAGAAACCAGAGGACUGGCACUUCCUGAAGCUGUUCAGUGCCCGGCCCCAGGAUGGAGGAGUGUACGUCUGCCGGGCACGCAGCGGCUCCCAGGAGGCCCUGGCUGCUGCCGUGCUCCUGGUUGAGCCCCGGGCGCUGCCGGACGGGCUCCCCAAUGGCUGCCCCCCGGCCGAUGGUGCCGAGGCGCUGGUGGAGCGGCAGCGGUGGCGGCGACAUGCAGCGGGACGGCGCCUGGCACCGGAGACCUGGGUGCCCAAUGGAGUAGUGCCAGCCAGGGUGCCAGGGGCCAAGGCAUUUGCCGUGAGCGCAGGGAAGCACGCCAAGUUUCGCUGUUACGUUACUGGCAAGCCCAAGCCAGAGAUCAUCUGGCAGAAAGAUGGUGAGCCCCUCGCCCCCGGCCGCAGGCAUCUCAUCUACGAGGACCGGGAGGGCUAUUUCAUCCUCAAGGUGCUGUACUGCAAACCUCAGGACCAGGGGCUGUACAUGUGCACCGCUUCCAACACUGCUGGCCAGACCCUGAGCGCAGUGCAGCUCCAGGUGAAAGAGCACCGGCUGCGGUUCCAGGUGCAGCUGGCAGACGUGGAGGUCGCAGAGCGGGAGGACGCAGUGCUGGAGUGCCAGGUGCCCUUGGAGACCAUCCCCACCUCCUGGUACCUGGAGGACAGGGAGCUGCAGCCCAGCCACAAGUACGUGAUGGAGGAGCAGGGGGUGGUGCGGCGCCUGACCAUCCGCGAUGCCCGCAUCGACGACGACGGCAUCUACCUCUGCCAGAUGAAGGACAAAGGACGCAGCAUCGCCGAGGUCUCUGUCCGAGGGGUGAUUGCGAAGCGGCUGCCACGGAAGCUGGAUGUGAUGGAGGGGGAGAAUGCAGUUUUCUGUGUGGAGACACGGGACGUGGUGGAGGGCAGCUGCUGGAGCCGGGACGGGCUGCAGCUGCGGGAGUCACCCCGUACCGUGCUCAAGAGCUUCGGCAGGACACACCUCCUGGUGCUGGUGCACGUCACCCGCCAGGACGCGGGCAUCAUCUCCUUCACUGUCGGGGAGUCGCAGACAUCCUCCCAGCUCCGAGUCAAGUGUGUGAAGCACGACCCUCCGAGCGCACCGGUGGCAGCUGAGAUGAGCGUGGUGGAGACUAACACGGCUCUGCUGACUUGGUGUCCCGCGCCCGAUUCCCACCUCCGCCCCGCCAGCCACUACCUGCUGGAGCGCCGGGAGGUGGCGGGAGGGGAGUGGGUGCAGUGCCUUGCCACCGACCUGCCCAGCAGCGUGCGGGUGCUGGGCGACAGCGUGCCCCGCGAGGCCGACUACUGCUUCCGCAUCUCUGCCGCCAACAAGCACGGCAGGAGCAGCCCCGUGGAGUUCCCGGGAUCCGUGCAUCUUGCCCCAGCAGCUCGUGUGGAGAGGGGUCUGCAGGACGCGUGGGUGAGGGAUGGCGAGGACGGGCAGUUCUCCCUGGAGCUGUCGGCUGCGGUUCGUGGGUCCUGGUUCCUCAACGGUGCCAGGCUGCCUGAGGAGGACACGGGCGGCCGGUGGAGUGUACAGCGCCAUGGGAUGGAGCACUCGCUGCUGAUCCGAGGAGCACGGCUGGUUGACAGUGGGGCCCAGGUCACCUUUGUGUCCGGUGCUGUGAGGGACUCGGCUAUCCUGCAUGUGCAAGCCCCACAGGUCCGCAUCGCCCCAGUGUCUGAGGCUGAACGGCUCCGAAAUGUGCCAGCAGGGAUGCCUGUGCUGCUGGAAUGCCAGGUGUCCACCCCAGAUGCCCCUGUCUGCUGGCUGAAGGAUGGCAAGGCCGUGCCCCUGGAUGACGUUAUGGCAGUGCAGGCAGAAGGCUGCGUGCGGAGGCUGCUGCUCCGCUCAGCGUGUCCCUCAGACACCGGGGUGUACACGUGUGACACCGGGGAUGAUGCCGUGAGCUUCGUGGUGACCGUGACCGAGGUGCCAGUCAGGAUCAUCAGCUCCAACGAGGAAGCCCCCCACACCUACAUGGCCGGACAGCGUGUGGAGCUGUGGUGCCAGCUGUCCCGCCCAGCAGCCCCCGUGCGCUGGUACAAGGAUGGAGAGGAGGUGGAGGUGGGCCAGAGCCUGGUGCUGGAGCAGGAGGGGCCACGGUGCAAGCUGGUGCUGCCCUGCGCUCAGACACAGGACACAGGGGAGUUCGUCUGUGAUGCUGGUGGGGACUCUGCCUUCUACACCAUCACUGUGGCAGAGGAGCCGGUGAGGAUUGUCAGCUCCAACGAGGGGGCCUCCCACGCCUACAUGGCCGGACAGCGUGUGGAGCUGUGGUGCCAGCUGUCCCGCCCGGCAGCCCCCGUGCACUGGUACAAGGAUGGGGAGGAGGUGGAGGCGAGUGAGAGCCUGGUGCUGGAGCAGGAGGGGCUGCAGUGCCAGCUGGUGCUGCCCUGCGCCCGGCCACAGGAUACAGGGGAGUUUGUCUGUGAUGCUGGUGGGGACUCUGUCUUCUACACAGUCACCGUGGCAGCAGAGGUACCAGUGAGGAUUGUCAGUUCCAACAAGGAGGCCUCUCACUCCUACGUGGUCGGGCAGCGCGUGGAGCUGUGGUGCCAGCUGUCCCGCCCAGUGUCCCCGGUGCGCUGGUACAAGGAUGGCAAAGAAGUGGAGGUGGGCGAGAGACUGGUGCUGGAGCAGGAAGGGCUGCAGUGCCGCCUGGUGCUGCCCUGUGCCCGGAUACAAGACACAGGGGAGUUCCUCUGCAAUGCCAGCGAUGCAUCUGUCUCCUACUCCAUCUUGGUGACAGAGCCACCAGUGAGGAUCCUGCAGCCUCCACAGCGCUCACUGGAGCUGCUGGUUCAGGCGCCGGGGUGCGUGGAACUGCGGUGCGAGCUCUCCGUGCCGGAUGCUCCGGUGCACUGGUUCAAGGACGGCUUGGAGGUGGACGAGACUGACAACCUGCAGCUGCUGGUGGAGGGGGCCUGGCGCUGCCUCUUCAUCCCCAGGAGCAGUGCAGAGGAUGCAGGCGAGUACAUCUGCGAGACCAAGGACGAGGCCGUCUCCUUCGAUGUCAAGGUGUCAGAGCCCCCGGUGAGGAUCCUGCAGCCCUGCAGACCUGUCCCUGUCAUGACGGUGUCCCCGGGGGAGACGGUGACACUGUGCUGUGAGCUGUCCCGUGCGGAUACACCCGUGUGCUGGGCAAAGGAGGGUGUCAGGCUCGAGGCUGGGGGUGGCCUGGUCCUGGAGGAGGAGGGUGUCCAUCGCCGGCUGCUCAUCCCCGCUGCCCAAGCUGAGCACUCUGGAAAAUACACCUGUGACACCGCCAAUGACACAGUGACUUUCACCAUCCAAGUGUUGGAUCCGCUGGUCAGGAUCCUGGAGAAGGAUGUCCUGCCUACCCACCGGCGUUGCCAGGCCAUGGAGGACCUGGUGCUGGAGGUGCAGCUCUCACACACCCACGGGGAGGUGAAGUGGUACAAGGACGGGGAGAAGCUGCAGGACACGGGGCGUGUGCGGCUGGAGGAGGACGGGGUGCGCCGAUCCCUCGUGAUCCUGGGUGCUACGGGCAAGGAUGCUGGGGAGUAUCUCUGUGACACUGGUGAUGACAGCAUCGUCUUCUUCAUCACUGUAGAAGUCCCCAGGGUGGUGGAGAUCAUCAUGGAACUGCAGAACCUGACAGUGCUGGAGGGUGAAGAUGCCACCUUCAAGUGUCUGGUAUCCCCCGAAGAUGUGGCUGUGACAUGGCAGCUGAAUGGCCAGCCCGUGGUCCCCAGUGAGCGUCUGCUGGUGACAAGGAGUGGACUGUGCCACAGCCUCACCCUCCGGCAGUGCCAGACAGGUGAUGCAGGCACUGUGACAGCCAAUGCCGAGGGGCUGGUGAGCACAGCUCGGCUGAGUGUGCAAGAGGCACAGGUGCUGUUUGUGCGGAAGCUGCAGGAUGUGGUGGCAGAGGAGCAGGGGGACGUGUGCCUGGAGGUGGAGGUGAGCCACGAGGCUGCCGAGGUGCAGUGGCUGAAGCAGGGCAUCCUCCUUCAGCCGGGCAGCAAGUACCAGCUGCGGGAGUCAGGGCGCCGGCACACCCUCACCAUCUGCUGCCUCGGCCCUGCUGACCGCGGCACCUACCGCUGCGAGAGCCUGCACGACCGCACGCAGGCCAAGCUCCACGUGGAGCCCCGGAAGGUGUCGAUCCGGACACCGCUGACAGAUGUGGAGACCUUUGAGAAGGAGACAGCCACCUUUCACCUGGAACUGUCUCACCCUGGCGUGACCGGGGUGUGGACACGGGACGGCAUCCGGGUGAAGCCCAGCAGUACGUGCCGGAUCAGUGCCACAGGCUGCGGGCACAGCCUGACACUGGAAAGGCUCACACUGGAAGACUCAGGCACCGUCACCUUCACUGCUGACACUCUGCGCUGCAGUGCCCACCUGCGUGUGCGGGAGCCUCCAGUCACCAUGGUGAGGGUCCCACGAGACCUGGGGGUCCCAGAGACGGGGGUCGCCAGCUUUGAGUGUGAGCUGUCUCGCCCCAAUGCAGAGGUGAAAUGGUUCAAGGACGGGCAGGAGCUGCGGCCAGGGCCCAACUGCCGCAUCUACUCGGCGGGACGGCGCCGCAUCCUGCAGCUGAGCCGCUGCGAGCUGAGCGACGCCGGCAGCUACACCUGCGAUGCGGGUGACUGCCAGGCCUCCGCCGUGCUGCACGUACAGGAGCGCCAGGUCCACAUUGUGCAGGAGCUGCAGGACGUCCAGGUCCGGGAAGGUGACAAUGCAGUCUUCACCUGCGAGGUGUCACACGGGGAUGUGAAGGGCGAGUGGUUUCGGGACGGGGAGAAGAUCAAGCUCUCCAGCACAGUGAAGAUACGGCAAGAAGGGACCCGGCAUUUCCUGCUGUUCUGUGGUGUGCGCCCUGAGGACCAGGGACUCAUCCGCUUCACAGCCAGGACAGUCACCUCGGAGGCCAGUCUGCAGGUGGAAGCACUGCCAAUCCGGAUUGUGAAGCCACUGCGGGACAAGACGGUGCUGGCGAGGCACAAGGCGACACUGGAGUGCACCGUGUCCCACGCCCGGGGCCGCGUGCGCUGGCUCCGUGGGGACACCGAGAUCUUUGCUGGUGACAAGUAUGAGAUCUGCAACCUGGACUGCUACCGCACACUCAUCAUUCACCGCGUGGGCCCCGAGGACGAGGACUCGUACACCUGCGACGCCUUCGACGACCGCUCCACUGCCCGGCUCCUUGUGGAGGGGAGCUAGAAGCCAGGAUGCAGUUCUCAGGGCCUGCAUGGACUGACAGAUGCCACUGCUGAGAGAUGGGGCCAUGCUCCCCCUGGCAUACACAGACACAUGGACACCAUCCCCAGCCUGCUUCAACCUCAGGGCUCUGCAUUAAACAGCCUUUUUUUCUGA